AUGGCUCAGCGCAAGAUACUUGUGACCGGCGCGACUGGCUACGUAGGCGGUUCAGUCCUGACAACGCUCUUGAAGUCUGGAGUCGCCCUCGUUCAAUCAUCGGCCGUCACAGCGCUUGUCCGAAAGAAGGAUCAAGCAGACAUUCUUGCGUCUCAGGGCAUCAAGGCAUCCAUCUUUCGAGACUUGGACGACUCGGAGCAUUUGAGGCGCGUUGCCACUGAGCACGACGUGGUGAUCCAUACUGCGUCGGGGUUUCAUCUUGGCUCUGCUUUGGCGCUGAUCGAGGGACUGAGUCAGAGAAAAGCAAACAAAGGUGGCAAUGUCCACUACAUUCAUACAUCUGGGACUUGGAACCUUGCAGGUCCAGAACUAACACGCGAGGCAAGCUUAACCGAGUUCAAGGAAGAUAACCUCCUGGAUCAUUUGAGGAAGCUGGAAGAAGAGUCACCGUUCUCACAACGAACCACGUUGCUCGGAGUCGUCACAGCCGCAGAACGCCAAGGCGUGGAAGCCCAUAUCCUCCUUCCACCCGAUAUUUACGGCCAAGGAACAGGCCUAUUCAACCAGCAUACGCCGCAGCUCUUGGACCUAGUCAAGAAUGCCAUCGACGUGGGAUAUCCCGAGUACAUUGGCAAUGGGCUCGGGGGAGCGGGGCAUGUACACAUCGCCGACCUUGCGGAGCUGUACAAAGUCAUGAUAUUGCGGAUCCUCCAAAGCGAGGAUAUACCCUCUGGAAAAGAGGGACUGUUCUUUACGGAAACGGGAUACCAUAAUUGGUUCGACGUCGCGAAACUCAUCGGAGAGGUCGGUAUUUCCAGGGGUGUGCUCAAAUCUGCCGACCCACGAUCCAUCACAGUAGAAGAGGCUGCGCAACGGUGGGAGGAAUCGACGAAUGGUGACCAAGAUAUUACGAAACUGUGUUUCUGCAUGAGGAACAAGACUCUGCCCAACAGGGCGUAUGAACUGGGGUGGAAGCCCGAGAAAACGGACCAUGACUGGAGAGCCUGGAUCGAAGAGGUAUUCCGUAUGGUCGAAUAG